GCCCUCCCCCCAUUGUCUUCCGAUUCAAAUGGCCUUCACCAUCUCCACCGUCUCUCUUCCCAAAAUGCCCCCUCUCCUUCCCAAAUUCCAUUCCCCGCUCCGUUCCCUCUCUGUCCACUGCUCCUCUUCCUCCUCCUCCUCCUCCUCUGCCUCUCCCUCGCCGGCGUUCGAUCUCCGCCAUUACUGGACCUCCCUCAUCUCCACCAUUGACUCCCGCCUCGACGCCGCCGUCCCUCUCCGCUACCCUUUCCGCGUUCAUGAAGCUAUGCGAUACUCUGUCCUUUCCGGCGGCGCCAAGCGCGCGCCCUCCGUUAUGUGCAUCGCCACCUUCGAUCUCAUCGCCGGUCAUGAUCGCCGGGACGCUGCUUUCCCCACUGCCUGCGCGCUCGAGAUGGUCCACGCCGCUUCUCUCGUCCACGAUGACCUCCCUUGCAUGGACGCCGCUGCUCUCCGCCGUGGCCGGCCCUCCAACCACGCCCUUUUCGGCGUCGACAUGGCGAUCCUCGCCGGUGAUGCUCUCUUCCCCCUUGCCUACGAGCACGUUACAUCUGCCACUCCGUUGGAUCUUGUCUCUGAGAACGCCGUGCUCCAGGUCCUCACUGAGAUCGCCCGCACUGUUGGGUCUACUGGGAUGACGGCGGGGCAGUUCCUAGAUCUGGAGGGUAGUUACCGAUCCGAAGCCGAGGUGUUGAACGUGCUGGAGAGAAAGUUUGGGGAGAUGGCCGAGUGUUCCGCUGUUUGUGGAGGGCUUCUUGGAGGCGCCGGCGAGGAAGAGGUAAGGAAGCUGAGGAGGUAUGGGAGGGCUGUGGGAGUGUUGUACCAGUUGGUUGAUGAUAUAUUGAUGGAGGAGAAGGAAGGUAUUGGGUCAAAUGGGAGGUCUUUAGGGAAGAUGAAGAGCAAUGCAAGUGUUGUGAAUGUUGUAGGCAUGGAUAGGGCUUUGCAGAUUGCAGAGGAUUUGAUCGGCAAGGCGAAGAAUGAGCUGCAAGGUUUUGAGGAGAAGUAUGGGGAGAGAGUGCAACCUUUGUAUAGCUUUGUUGAUUAUGCUGUGGAUAGAUGGUUUGUGAUAGAAGAAGCCAUUCCUGCCAGUGCUGUGUGAUUCUAAUUGUUUGGAUAUCAUGAGUUGCUAUGCUAUUUGCCUAGGUAUGUUUUAUCAAAAAUUCAAGUUUAGCUUCAUUUAUAUUUUUUUGGUGUGAUAGAAGAUUUUGAUUUUGGUUAUUAUGUGCAUUUCUGACGAUAGAUAUUGCCACUGCAAUAUAUAUUCCUUGUUCACGUGCUUGGUUUCUUGAAAUCCAAACUGAUUUACUUCUUCAUGUGACACUGUAUUUUCAA